AUGUACAAGAUGACCAAGCCGCAGUUGGUGGCCGAGUUGUUGAAGUACAACGAGCACCCGGCGCCCGCGUGGACGAAGGUGGAGAUCCGACAGCGACUCCUAGAGCUCCAGGGGAAGGAGACGGAGCCGAGCCAACGCGAGCUCAACUCCACCGGCCUCCAGAAGGCGACUCGCGAGAUGCGGAAGGCCAGCAAGACAAAGGCCCAGCUCCAGGCCUUCUGCGAGAACGAGCUGGACAUGACGUUGACGGGGAACGAAACCAAGCCCCAGCUCGAGAUGAAGGCCCUGAACAAGAUCAUGAUGGUGACGCAGGCGGAGUCCAUGGACGUGGCGGGCUUCGGGAAGCAUGUGGACCGGCGCUACCACGAGUUCCUCGGCGAGCUGAGGAGCUAUGGGGAGUGGGUGGUCCAGACGGCCAAGGAGAAUCCCGAGACCAGCGAUCCCCGGCUGCGACGAUUGGCCGGAUGGUUGGAGCCCCGCAUGGCAAUGGAGGCCCUGGGAGGACCAGUUCCGGGAGGAUACCGUUCGAGUAUGGCAUCGGCGAGCUCAUGGAAUGCGAACCCUACGGCGGCACCGAAGGCCUUGCUGAGGCCCAAGAAGCCAGCGGUUUCCGAGUCGAUGGCGUCUUCCCCGGAGGUGAUCGACGACCAAGCGAAGAAGAUGGCCGAGAUGGAGGCCAUGAUCCACAAGCUCCAGGACGAACUCUCGAACCUCAAGGCGGAGCCACCGCGCAAGCAGACCGCCUACCCGGACGAGGACAGCAUGACGGACCGCUCGUUCACCAAGGCAGAGGACACGGAAGGUCGAGAAGUUCAGGGUCAUGGGUUAUCGGUUGAAGAGUUGCAGCUUGGGUUGCAGAAGGACAAAGAGGCUGCCGUGAGUUGCGGCCAGUGGAAUUCCUGCGAUCUUAGUGAUAAAGAAGGAGCAGGGACCUUAGAGUGUUUCGGGAACCCCACGGCGGUGAGCGCCGAAGCUGAUAUCGUGGACGAGAAACUUCGGAUGUAUAUCUUAGGCUAUCUGCAGCAUUGGAGCCCUCAGCAUGUGACGUGUACUUCCUUCGUUAUCAACGACAACUGCAGGCACAAGGCGCUUGAGACAAGGGCAUUGGAUGAAGGGAAGGAUUGGACAGGGAAUCGCGUGACGAUAAGACACUGGACCCACCCGGUCACGGGAGAGCAGCAGAACUUUAUGGUGAUCGUUGAUGAAGGCUGGAUCCAACACUUCGGGAAGCCGAAGACCAUAAGGCUCGACCCCGCUGGCAGCUUUAGAGCAGGGUCCGUAGAAGGGUUCUGUGACCGACAUGGCAUAUAUUUGGAUAUCAUACCGGGAGAAGCUCAUUGGCAGAUCGGCGUGGCCGAACAGGCCAUCCAGGGGAUUAAGCAGCUAAUGUCCAAGAUGGUGCAGUCGGAAAGAGAGGCCAGUGCGGAGGAACUGCUGAGUCUUGCUGUAUCUGUUUUCAAUCAACGAGAGAUGGUGAGAGGAUUCUCGCCAACACAGCAUGUACUGGGAGUGAGUCCUGAUACAACCGGGCAUUUCGUGCAGCUACCUGGUCCCGAACACGGGCCCAUCCUGAACAACUCUGAGGCGGAGUUUCGCCGAGAGGCGAACCUACGAGCGGAAGCUGAGAAAGCCCUGGCAGAGUGGAAUGCGCAACAGCGGAUACAACGGGCCAUCAAUUCCAGGUCUAGACCUGACAUCGUGUACCAGCCGGGAGACCUUGUGUAUUUCUGGAGGACCCAAGAGUCCAACAAGAGUAAGAAGCAACCCGGAACCAACCAAGGGCGGUUCCUCGGACCGGCACGCGUACUGGCCAUGGAGACCAGGAAGGAUGCAGAUGGGCAGCGAAGGCCGGCGCACUCAAUCUGGUGCGUGCGCGGCCGAAGCUUGAUCAAAUGUAGUCCAGAACAGUUGAGACCAGCUAGCCAUCGAGAAGAACUUGUGGAGGGACUCUCCGAACAGGACUCCACGCCCUGGACGUUCAACCGCCUGGCGGAUGAAGUGGGCGGAAAUCAGUAUCAAGAUAUUUCUGGCGAAGUACCUAGUGCAGCGGAAUGGGCCCGCGCUCAGGAUGUCCAGCAGGAGGCACCUCCUACAAGACAUCGGAUUACCACCAAACGGCCAUUGGCAGAUCUGAACACCGGAGACCAAGAGAUGCCGGACGAGUUGGAGACCGGCACAAGCCAACCCAGCGUAAUUCGAAGGUUGGCACCCGGAGAGCCCCAUCCAGGCCUUUUCUCCAGUGCGGGCCACUGGCGGGAUGACGUAAGACCGUCAGCCUGGGUGGCCGAACAUGCAAGUUUCUGGACUGACGAGGACGCUGCAGUGGAAGUGGCUGUGGAGGUUCCAGAGAGCCGUCGAGGACUGGAGGGCAUGUCGCGAGACAUGCAAAGUUUCUUCGUGGGUGCCCUGAAACGGAAGGCCGUGGAAGUGAGCGAGAGACGUUUAUCUCCCGAGGAUCGAGCCCGGUUCCAAGACGCCAAAGGAGUGGAAGUAAAGAACUUCAUCGCAGCGAAAGCAUUCGAGGCACUCCCUAGCCACCUGAAGCCCCACCAGGACCAGGUGAUCGGUAUGCGGUGGAUACUGACUUGGAAAGUCAAGGAUGAUGGCAGCGUUAAACCCAAAGCACGUGCCGUUCUUCUAGGAUAUCAAGACCCGGGAUACGAACAUCGCGCUACCACGGCCCCGGUCAUGACGAGGCAGACCCGACAGCUUCUGUUGCAGUUGGCCGCCAAUAAGAGAUGGCGCUUGAUGAAGGGCGACGUGAGUGGAGCUUUUCUGCAGGGCCGUGAAUAUCCUACAGAACUGUUUUGUGCCCCGUGCGAUGAGAUUUGUACAGCCAUGGGACUCGCACCAGGAUCGGUCACCAGACUACGUCGAGCCUGCUACGGGCUAGUAGAUGCUCCUUUAGAAUGGUACAAGACUGUAGCCGAGUUUCUGUCCUCUUUGGGGCUGGAAAGAUUGUGGUCUGACUCCUGUGCAUGGGUUUGGCGUAAGGAAGGCGAAGUGAGGGGAAUGAUUUCGGGCCAUGUUGAUGACUUCCUGUUUGGUGGCCGAGAUGAUGACAUGGAGUGGCAAGGGAUUCUCAAGCAGAUACAGGAACGCUUCAAGUGGGGGGACUGGGAUAAGGAUAAGUUUGUUCAAUGUGGAGUCCUGAUUGAGGCCAAUGAACACGGGUUCCAGUUAUCCCAACCAAACUACACGGAAGGAAUCGAAGCCAUCAACCUGAGCUCCUCCCGUAGGAAGAUGCGGAAAGCCCCCACUACCGAUUACGAGAAAACCAAACUGCGAGCACUCCUUGGAGGACUAAGCUGGCAUGCGCAGCAGGUGGCCCCUCAUGCUUCAGCGGACGUAGGAUUGAUGCUUUCAGAAGUCAACCACUCCACCGUGGACACCCUGAUUAAGGCGAACCAGCUGUUAGAAAAUGUCAAAGCCCGCAAGGAUCAUAAGAUGUUGAUCACGCGACAGGUGGGCGAAAUGCACUUCUAUGCCUGGGUAGACGCCGCUAACCAGAACCGAGUGGAUGGCGGAAGUACGCAGGGAAUACUGAUAGGAGCGUCUUCAGAGGGGUUGUUAAAAGGAGAAGUUGAAGCCGUGAGUCCGAUUAGUUGGCACUCGACAAGGAUUGAUCGCGCGUGUCGAAGCCCAGGAGCUUCGGAGACUGCGGCGGCUGUGAACGGGGAAGACUUGCUGUACUACGUGCGGUACCAAUGGAGUGAAAUGCUCUAUGGUCGUCCCAACCUACGACAACCAGACGAAACAGUAUCACGAGUACCUGGCUGCGUCAUCACAGACUCUCGGAAUGUCUACGACAAGCUCGCGACCGCUAUGUACACCGUCAACGGCGCCGAGAAGCGAGCCAACAUCGAACUGAUGGGACUGAAGGAGUCACAGGAUGCCACAGGUGUCGUCUUACGGUGGGUGCAUAGUGAGGCGCAACUUGCAAAUGCGCUCACCAAGAUCCAGAACCACAAGGAGCUCGAACUCUUCUACAGCAUGCGACACAGAUGGCGCAUAGUGGAGGACCCCGAGAUGAAGUCCGCCCGGAAGAGGAAAGACGAAGGGCUAGAGCCCUUACAGCAGGGGCCCGAUGUGGAGAAGUAA